UUUGGCACACGCCCCUCGCCAGAGAUUUAUGUGUAAAAAUUCAAUUAUUCUGGGAAUCCAGGCCACGAGAGUAACUUGAGUAUAUAUGUGCAUUCUGUAUAUAUCUAUAUGAGGCUGAAAUAUUCAGAAAGGAGUGCGUGGGACAAUCUCACAGUUGGUAUAGCAGAUCUAGGAAUUGGGAUCAUUAAAUGAACCAUUCACAGUGAAGAGACGACAAAAAAGGGAAAAAAGAAAGAAAUCAAGAGAAAAAGGAAGAGCCGAGGUACACGCCAGGUAGGACUUGCCGAAAGGAAUGAGAGUUUCGUGUCGUCGAUCCAAGAUCAUGACUGUCGAUUAAAAAAAAAAGAAGGAAAAACUUUGCACGAGCAGUGAUAAGCAUAAAAGAGAAAUGAUAAGCAUUUAGUAAGCGUGCGAGCUCGCAGCUGUCACUGUUUUACAGUAUAAAUAUCAGCGCAUAUUUAACAUUAAAAAAUAACAGUGGAAAUUGCACCUUUCAAGCAACUGUUACUAUUCGUUAAAAUUGUUGAAACCAUUUUGUUGUUAAUCUAACCACUUUCUACCGUACAUUUGCUGUAUCUUGGAAUUCCAUAAUGCGGAACUUUGUAAAAUCAUGAUACAGGUCAGGUAUCUUGAAAACGUGUCUUUCUCACGCGCAGCGCUUCUUUGUGUGCACGUAAAAUAAAACUUAAAAAAUAUUUUCAAGUAUAAGAAAAUAAAAAUAGCUGAAACGUACUUUACGAGCGUCAUCCUUUUAUCGCUCGGUGGAAAAAAUGUAAACCCAUAAGUGUUACUUUAAUGCGGGUAUAGAUAAUACCGUCACGCAUUCCAUGGCAACUGCCUAUUGACAAUCUAUUCGUGCUUAUAUCGUUUAUGGUUGGCUAGACCGAGUCUCUUGCUACGUGUUUACGACGUAUAGAUAUAGCUACUGUUAUAUGCAGGUAUGAUUCCUGGGUACGUAAUACAGUAUACAUAUAUACAUGGGAAUCUUGCGAAAUCCAUUAAAACAAGCGAGUAAUGAAAACUGGAGGGAUGCCGUUGUCGCAUUUUUUUAGGUCGACCUAAAACCGUUAACUUGGAUGCUGCGGUCUUUCUGUUAAUAUUAUAUGUUACUACGUGUCCGCGUAUGCUAAUACAGUAUGAAAAGCCCUGGUAUACAGAGAAUGGAACAUGCGCAUUCACCAUCUGCAUAUAUACAUGGCAUCCUAUGUAUAUUGUUAGCGCCGACACACGCAUCUUUUUUCACGCAUUCCAUUCUUAUGCAUAAUCGACUCGUUCUGAAGGUUUCGCUGUCACUGAAUUCAAGAAGCGACGCCUCUGUCCUUUGUGCACUGACCGUCCUGAGUAGCGAUUUGAGGAACAGUGAUCGAGGAAAAUGGGCUCAGAAGCUUGGGAAUUGGAAAGAAGGUACUCGGUACCCGGUGCUCUAGAUACCCGGGGACUUGAACCACCAGCUAGUGAAGAUUUACAUGCAUGGUCAAUUUAUAGGCAAAACUUGAAUUCAGACUUUACUGAUUCAGCUCUAGGAUCUGCUGAGAAGUCACCGUUACCUUAUGGUAAUUUUCAGCUUAGAGACUCGACAGUACAAAGCAUAUUAAGGCAUCCAAGAUAUGGCCCUAAGAGUCCCUUGGCUAAUAACUCUUAUACGUAUUUGAAAUUUGGAUUGCCGAGAGUCCUACCGCCUUCCAGGGUACGAGAUGGUUCCAGUGGUUAUGACUCUAGUGAAGAAGGACGUCGUAUCUCCCAUGCUACAGCUCACGCUAAUAUUAUGCGAUCUGCCAGAAGUGAUCCAGACUUCAGGCAGGUGCAUGCCAUGCCUAGAGAACAGGCACAUUCGCAAAUCAAUGUUCGAGAUAAUCCAAGGUUCAGAAGUGCCAGUGAAGCAAAUUUGCUGAACACUGCUAGGACUAACCGGAGGCACAGUAUAGCACCUACUGAUCCUGGUUAUGGUCAUGGCGUUCUGGGACCAGAAGCUUAUACCGUCAUGACAAUGAGACCAGUUCCUGCUCCACAACAUCCGCACCUGCAACUUCGGGGUGUCGAAGCUUCAGGUUCGGAUGGAUUGCCAUUAUUACGUGGUAUAUCCUUGGAAGCUGGAGCUAGUGAAGUUUUGGCUGUUAUGUCGACUACGGAGAGGGAAGGGACCUUGAUAGUCGAAACGAUUUCUGGAAGACGAAGAGCCAAGCGUGGCGAUAUUAUAUUGAAUGGGAGAUCGGUAUCGGCUUCUGCUUUAAGGUCUCGCGUGGCUUAUUUACCAGCAGAAAGUAGUCUGAGUCCUGGAUUAACUGCUCAGCAGACUCUAAGUUUCUAUCUGUUGUUAAGAGGAGGUGCUGGAACGUCUUCAUUGGAAGCGGAUGCCAUUUUACAAGAAUUGGGCUUGGAAGCUACCAAACAUUGUCUGGUGAACACUUUGACAACUUCUGAAGCUCGAAGAUUAGCCUUAGCUUGUCGACUGUUACAAGACUCACAUAUUCUUACCCUGGACAGACCAACUCAUGGUCUGGAUAUUUUCGACGCUUUUUUCCUCGUGGAGUAUUUAAGACAAUGGGCUGGAAGAGGCCAACGACUUGUAAUUUUGACUUUGCAUCCACCGACCUAUGAAAUUCUUACGAUGGUUUCAAGAGUCGCUCUCACUUCUGGAGGCAGGAUAAUGUACUCAGGACCCAGGCGAGACAUGCUGCCUUAUUUCGCACUUGCUGAAUUUCCCUGUCCACCCUUUAAGAAUCCAUCUGACUAUUAUCUUGAUCUAGUAACGCUUGAUGAUUUAUCAGCUGAGGCGAUGCUGGAGUCUUCGCAGAGAAUAGAUCAUCUUGCUGAAUUAGCACGAGUCCGAUUGCCAGGUCUGAGUGAUCCUGGUCCUCCUGGUGCUUUGCCACCUUCAAUUUCUGGUGCAAAUAUUUUCGUACAAAUCUACGCGCUUUUAUUGAGAGCACUCAUAUAUAGUCAACCGUGGGCCUUGACCAGACUUCUUCAGAAGAUUGUGAUAUCAGCAUCGUUGAGUAUCUUACUCGGUGCUGUGUUCUGGGAUUUAGCUGGUGAUUCAAAUUUAUAUUUGAGAGACAGAAUAGGCUUCCACUACGCAAGCCUUGCUGUGUUGUCUUGGCCGUUGAAUCUCAUAGCUAUUUGCAAUAUCGCUACUUGUAGACCCAACGUAGAAAGGGACAUGAGAGAUGGACUCUAUGGCAGAUUCGUCUAUAUUUUUGUGGAGCUUCUCUGCACUAUACCAUCCUGGUGUGUGGUAUAUCUCACGUAUCUGGCCCCAGCAUUUGCCAUGUCAGGUUUACAUCUGGCUCCUGAUGAGAACUUGACGUCUCUAUGGAAUUAUCUUGCCGUUGGGUUACUGUACUUGAUGCUGCAGCAUCUGAUAUGUGUAUUCUUUGCUCAUAUAUCCAAAUGGCCCAGUCUCGCCUCACUACUGGCCGGUAUAGUGAUCGGCGAGAUUUCAUUGGCUGGUGGUGUAACCUUACACUUAGAAAAUUUGCCAUUCUGGUACCAAAAAUUCAGUCCUAUGCAAUGGACUCUCUCAUUGCUGUUGCCACAAGUGCAUGGACAAGAGUCGAUGAACAAAUUAACGAACUGCAAAGCGAAACAAGUUCAACGUCAGGAUAUAAUUGUGCAAGCAGCUUGCGAACCAUCUGAUGGUUCAUUAGCUUUACGAGAAGUUGCUUUUGACAAGCUUGACGUACGAUCAGAAUUCUGGUUAGGUAUUUGUGUUGCAACCGUUGUACUUCUAAUUAUAAUAGGAUUUCUAUUCGUCAAGUAUGCCACACCUAAAAGGCCGAGGAGUGCACCGAAUAAACCUUGAAUCGUAUUGAUAGCCGCACGUGAUGACAUCACAAAGAUAUUCUUUUCUGUCUAGUACAAAAGUUCUAAUACGUUUAAGAUCCCACUUUUUUUUCACGUAAUAUACCACUUUUUGAAUACUCAUUCUGAGAUUUUAUAAAACGAAUAACCGGUGUCAGUUAACAUUGAAAUAUGUUUUCAUAAUUGAACCGAAUGGCAAGCAGGUUAAGUUAUUUUUACAUGAAAUUUUCCAGAAUCGUAUUAAAGCUUCAACGGACAAGAUGCGCAACGCAUCUGAGAAACACGAAUUUAGAUCGUUUACGAUCAGCCACGUAAUUUCUUGAAUCUGUGCAGCGUUAGUAUCUCGCACACCAAUUGUUUAUCUUGGACUUUGAAAUUCACGUGUGACAUGCCGCUCGAGGAAUUGUUUAUCCAUUUUUAUUAGCUAUAAUUAAGUGCAGACGAAGAACUGACAGCGGAACAUUGAUGUUAACAUAUGCCUUGGUCGAGUUUCGUGAAAUACAAAGGACUCGCAGCCCUCGCAAAAAUAUUAUAAACAUUAUGAACAUAUACUGUGCGGGUAUGCCACCAUUUAAAUGAAUUUCUCGUCUCUCGACCAUUCGUCACAUUUUAAACAGUAUCUUUAUUAUUAAAGCCAUGCUUCCAUACUCAUAGAUCCCCUGUACGUUUCCAUCUUACUGAAAAGUCUUGCCUAACUCGUCGCGACUUUUUAAAGGUAAUAUUCUUUGAGAACUCGCAGAUUAGACAAAUGGAUACGUAACAGGAGAGUAACCCCGUCGAUCUAUUAAAUAAGAGACACGCUUAUCGAGACAUCCGUCCCUAUUAUUAUAACUCCUAACUUAGAUAUAGAUGAUGAUACGCAUUCGUAAGAUAAUAAAAAUUUUACUCUAAUCAUUUUUAAAAAAUAUUGA